AUUUUCUUCCAGUUGUGGCGCUAUAGUUCUGCCACCGUAAAAGCCUGAGAAGAAGGAGUGUAGCCUACCGCAGAACAUAGGAGACGUUUUACUUUACCACAUCUCGACUCGUGAGCUGACCGUUUUAAAGAUAUCAUGUUCGUUUGAGGGAGAAAGCGGAUUCCACACUGAUGUUACGGCCCUACAGUACCUGAGGCAGUGGAAAUCUGGGGAGACGAGCAUCCACAGGAGAUUCAGUGAGAGGGAAGAGGUGACAUUCUAAACGUUAAGAGAAAGGAAUAGAACCGGACUUGGCACUGAGCCUUGGGGGACACCCAUCUUUUUUUGGGACUGGACUGGUUGCAACGCCAUUCCACCCUAAGCGACGUUCUUGUUCUCCACCACGUCCUCCGCUGCCUGCAGGGCGUCCAGAGAGAAGCAGGGCCUCCGGACCCACUCAGAGCAAAGCAGCAGCACAGCAGGGAUGAGCGAGUUCUGGCACAAGAUUGGCUGCUGCGUGGUGGCCAAACCUCCACCGAGAAAGAGGCGCAGGAAAAUCGACCGCAGCAUGAUCGGCGAGCCCACAAACUUUGUCCACUUGACACACAUUGGCUCUGGGGAGAUGGCAGAGGGCCGGGCCCCGUCAGGGCCGGUCCAGGAUAAGAUGAGGUCAAAAGGACCCAGUGCCAACGCCGCAAGAGCAUUGUAUAGCUGCUGCCUACCAAGCAUGGAGAACCAUUUCCAUCCUCCUCUAUGCGCCCCUCUCAUCCCAAAUCAAAAGCAGUCACUGCAGCGUAACCUGUUUCCAAUGGAGCACWUGGCAAACCUGAGAGCGGACCCUAGAGAGCAGAGAGGCUCUUCCUGACGUCUGCAGGAUCCAUUUAGCCAAACAGGACGAUGCCCUUUCUGUGGUCACCACAAGAAUCGCCCUGCUCAGAGGAGGAUAGACUGACAUGUUUUUGAUGCUUUUUAAAGAAAAGUAUUUUGUCUUUCUGAUGGACUUUGGACUUCCACUGUAUUUCAGCCAACMACGUUUCUGUGUCAUGGCCAGCAAGCGUGUGUGAGAGAGCCGGUGAGAGUGUUUAGCACAACUUGUUGACUAACAUGGCUGAUUCCAUUUCAGGAAGUGAAGAUUAUGUUCUCAAGGAUCACCUGAAUGUUGCAAACCAUUGACCUACUGCCAAACAAAUAGUAUACGCAAAAUAUUUUGUAUCUGUCUAAUGAAUGAGGAUGCACCUUUUAUUUUCCUACAGUGCAUAGUUAAAGGUCUUCGUGUGUGUGUUUAUAAGUGAAAAAUGCUAUGUGAUUUUGUUGCUGUUUAGAUACCAGUACUGAGUAGUGUUAUUUUGAUUGUACCAGUUGCCAUAGAACCCCAUUUGGACUGCUACCCAGUUGCCAUAGAACCCCAUUUGGACUGCUACCCAGUUGCCAUAGAACCCCAUUUGGACUGCUACCCAGUUGCAAGCAUAAAGGUAACUGCCAAGAUAAAGGAAACCCCAACAUAGUGUCUUAAUAGGGCAUUGGGCACCACGAGCCAGAACCGCUUCAAUGCAUCUUGGCAUA